GGGGGAAAAAAAAGAAAUUUUUUGUUUUUUUCUCUCUCUCUUUUUUCAACAACCCCCUCUCUCAUUCUUAUAUAAACAAAAUGUUUGCUCUUCGUCGUGCUGCUAUUAAGGCUGCUCCUCUUGCUGCCCGUACCACUGCCAGACCCUUUUCUGUUUUGGGUGCUCGUUUCUCUGCUGUUGGACAACCUGCUGAGAGCAACUUUGGCCCUGGUGGUAAGGCUGGUGAGAUCCCUACUGAUCUCGAGCAAGCCACUGGUUUGGAACGUUUAGAAUUACUUUCCAAGCUUCAAGGAAAGGAACUUUUCGAUAUGGAACCCUUGAACAUGACUCACAUUGGUACACCCAAGAACCCCAUUGUUGUUCAAUCUCAUGAUCCCAUUCGUUUCGUUGGUUGCACUGGUUUCCCUGUUGAAUCUCACGAUGUUAUUUGGAUCAACUUGGACAAGUCUCAUGAACACGAUCGUUGUCCCGAAUGUGGUUCCGUUUUCGAAAUGGACUUUGUUGGUUCUGAAGAAGAUCAUCACCAUUAACUUAAAGUUUAGAUUCAAUAAAAAACAAAAAAAAAAAGACGCACACAACCCUUUUACUGCUGAUAUAUAAAAAUUUAAUUUGUUUCUUCCCCUCCAAAGAAAAAGAAAGAGAGAAGGGGAAAAAAAGGACACUUUUUAUAAAAAGUGUUGGGUAACCCUCCCCGCACCUCCUAUAAAUGUAGCACACAAUAAAAAAAAUUAGGUCUCCAUUCGUUUUUCUCUC